UUAAUGAGGCAUGUCCAGGACUGCUUUAUUUCAACAGGCAUCAUUUGGGGAGUGAAUGCACGCAAUAAGGAAAUGAAACAGAAGUGAUUUCUGGACAACAGAUUACAACAGACUCAAUCAGUUUUUGUGUCUUGGAGAAGCCUGUUGCUGGUGCACAUGUUCUGGGAAGGAAGUUUCUCAGGAGGAUUAUGAAAUGACCAUCACCCAGAAACCUUCUUCCUCUUUGCGUGUCAGAGCUGCAGUUGUGCUUGUUUGGCUUGGGUUUUUAGAAAACUGAAGCAGCAGGGCUGCACAUGAAGAAAUAGCAGCUGGGAGCCUCUUCCAGGUAGUAGGUCAUUGAGUGAAAGGAUCACACUCACCAGACCAGAGGUGCUCACAGAAGAAAAAUCCCUGGCAACUUAAUUAAGGACUCUCAGAAACAAGAGCAACUGAGCUGCUUCCUUGGCUGGAAAAGAUCCCAGUUCCCAGCUUGGUGGGUGAGUCUUUUAAUAACAACCUCUCUGCAAUGUUGCUGGAAUGAAAUCGCUCCCCUAGUCACCCAGGAGCAGCUGAAACAAACAUUUAGAACAAAAACAAGCAAGGCAUUCCUGAAACCUUUGAUCACUAGCAUUUUCCAGACUGCUCUUUGAGAGCCCAGAUCAGGGCUAAUCAUCAUGCACAUCGCUCAGUACUUGGUGAUUCUGCUCUUCACAGGACUGAAACUCUCCAAGGUAGAAGGAAGAUGCUUUUUCAAUAACUCCCAACAGCACUGCAUCUGCUUACAUUUAUCUGAGAAAACUGUAAGAAGUCUCACACGUUGUCUCCUUGCCACUGAAUUUGAGUUUCGAGGAGGAAACUUGGAGAAAUAUUUAGGGUUCUUACCAUUCAGAUUAGAACCAUCAGUAACUGACAUGCUGGGAACUCUGAUGGUAACCAAGGUGAUCUUUGGAGAACUUGGUAUUCCAGAGGUUCUCUUGGCAUCUGUCUUGAAAUUCUUUUCCUACACUCAAGUCACAACACUUGAAUUUGAAAGUUGCACCUUCCUUGGAAAUGCCAGCUGGGCUCACAUGGCUGGGCAGAUUUUGCCAAUCUCAUCAUUACACUUUCACAAUGUGACCUCCACUUCCCUGGUGGACAGAGCCGAGGACUUCUCCAGCUUGAGCAGCUGGCUGGAGAGCCUGCAGAAUCUGACUGUGACACAGUCCCAGGUUGCCCAUGUUCCAUGUGGUAUUGGCAAAAUUUUUAGAACAUUAAACCAUCUGGAUUUAUCAGAAAACCACUUCCAAGAUCAAAGUCUGGGAUCUUCAUUCUGCCAGGGAGCUUUCCCAGAGCUACAGGUACUAAAACUCCGUCGCAAUAACCUGAUCUCCUACUACACCAUAUGUGAAAUGCUGCAGCAGCUGACCAAUUUAGCCCACCUAGAUCUCAGUGAAAACAACCUUGCAGCUUCCUCCUCCUCUUCAUGUCUAUGGCAGUCUUCUCUCUCCAUCUUUAACUUGUCCAGUACAGGCAUAGAUCACAUUGUCAUACCUCUGCCUCCCAACAUUGAAGUACUAGAUGUAAGUUUCAAUAAUCUUCAUGCUCUAGACCUCCCACUCCACUUCCUGAAGGAACUCCACUUGUCCAAUAACAAACUGCAUGCUGUCCCCCCAGCCAAGAACUACCCUGCUUUAGAAGUCCUUAUUCUAGAUGGAAACCUGAUCUCACAUCUCUCAAAGGAAGAGCUGUGGUCUCUGAGACACCUGCGGAAUGUGAAGGCAGGUCAGAAUCCCUAUAAUUGUUCAUGCUCAGGUGCCGGUGAAAUCCAGGCCUUGGCAAACACAGAGUCCUUGCUGCAAGGCUGGCCUCAAGACUAUGUAUGUAAGUCCCCACCCCAUUACCAGGGUACUUUGGUGAAAGAUGUGCCUGAUUCAGCAGUACACUUCAACAAGGCCACAGUGAUUGUUCCUGUCUGUGCCAUUCUCAUACUGAUGUGUGGCUGGAAUAAUUUGAUUUGCCAGACAUAAAGCACGGUCUGGCCAGCCCUGCUCCUAGGCUGUAGCUUCUUCCCUUCAUGCAGCAGAAAAGAGGCUAUAAGGCAUACUGUUUCUGCAAGGGCAAAACAUCUCAGUGACCAAUUCUGCUGCAGCACCAGGGCCUGUGGGAUGAGCUCUCCUGGGAUAGCUGCUCAGGCUAGAGGAUUAGAAGGACCAACCAACUCCUGUGAUUAAAUCAAUGAAGCCACCAGUGAAGCACCAUUGUCUGAGCCUCCUCAACACACCAUUUGUAGGGAUGAUCUGUUGGGAGGUUGCAGACAUCUGAGAUGCUAGCAAAUGUGUUGCCAUCACUUUAAAGUACCAUUGUGAUCAGAAAAGUGUUGGUGCUCCAGUAGCAUUAUAGAAACUCCCUAGUCACUCUCUGGCACUAUCCCCAGCACAAUCAUGCCUGUAUUUGUCUGGAGUGGGCAAGCUAGAAAGAAGAGGAUCUGAAUUCUGUAUCCAGACAAACUCCAUAACACAAGGUAGUUUAAUGCCUUCACCUGCCAGGUCCUUGUGAAUGUUGCCAGUGAGGUACUGAAUACUUCCUGCCCCAUGCAUGUAGGCUGGAUCUACACGCAGAUUUUCUAUGAGUAUAACUGCACCAGACAAGAUUUUUGCCAUUAUACCCAUAGAGCCCCUAUGGAGAUGCAACAUAAACACAUGGCUUAUUCCACUUCCCAUAUUGGAAUAAGUUAUACAAGAGGAAGGCCUUUAUAUAAGCACCAGUCUAAUUGCAUGCACAGUAUGGGAGUUGUAGCACCUUGACAGUAUUGGUAUAAAAAGUUACAGUACAACUUGGGUAUGUAGACAGGUUCUUAGCAUUAGCAAUAAUACAGGCAGCAGACUGCUUUCAGCUAUUUUGAAUCAAAGAAAUUAAUGCAGAUUUACAUCAGUGGAAGGAGAUCAGAAUUCAGCCCAAUGUACUCAGUUCACAAAUCAAGGACUUUUUGCUAAUGCGUAGGGCACACUAUACUUAGCUACUUAACAUAAAGCUUUCCUUCACUGCACACCAUGCCUUUUAACUCUCAGAAAGCUUGCAGCCUCCAGAAACAAGAGGCUGAUCCACACAGCUCAGGGCAGAAUACCACAGUGAAGGCAUUCUCAGGUCCCCUCAGGGAGACUUUACUUCUGUACUUCCUUUGUUUUGAUUGACCUGAAAUAAAAGGAGUUUAGACCAAAA